AUGAAUUUAAUGUCUGGGCCAGAACAGGAUGGCAUGCUAUCUUUAAUCUCACCAAAGCAGCAAUGUGUGAAUUCAGAGCAGUUGCAGAGAGGGGCUAAGUCGGACGAUGGGCUGUCUUUGAAGUUAACUCCAGAGCUAAAAUUUAAAGGUAAAAAAUUAGUAGACCUCAAUUUUGAGUUACAGUUGGAAGGUAUGAGAUCAGACUUGACUCCAGAAUCAAAUAUUCAAGGUUUAAAACCUAAAGAAUUCAAACCUGAACCACUUGAACCACAGUUGCAAAGCAUAAAGUCUCCUAAGUUGACCCCAGGGGCACCACUGCACCAGAUUAAAGGCUCAGAGUUAGCUUCAGAGCCACAGCUUUGUGUAAAAACCGUUGAGUUGAAACAAGAGCCACUGCUUGAAAGUAUGAGAUACAAUCAGUGGAUACCAGGACCUAAGUUCCAAGCUGUGAAAUCUGUAGAGUUCAACCUUAGGUCACAGUCUCAAGGUGUUAAAUUUGUAGGGUUGAAAUCUUCGACACAAUUAAGAGAUGUGAAGUCAUCUGAAUUGACUCUCGGGUCCAAAACUCAAGGUGCGAUAUACACAGAGUUCAACCUUGGGCCACGGUUGCAGAACAUGAAAACCCCUGGGGUUCUCCUAGGAACACAGCUGCAAAAAGGGAAGGUUUUGGCAUCAACCUCAGAGCCACAGCUUCAAGAUGUCAAAACUACUGAGUUCAAAAAAGAGCCACAGCUGGAAAGAAUGAGAAGUGUGAAAUCAUGUGAGCAGACUUCAAGGUCAAAGCUUUGUGAUAUAAAAUUUAUGCCAUUGAAAUCUAGGCUUUGCAUGCAUGAUAGGAAAUCUACUAAAUUGACUGCAAAACCAAAGCUUCAAGAAGUGAAACCCUUACAGUCAUCCCCAGGAACACAGCUUCAAGGUGUGAAGUUUCUGGUGCUUAUGGAAUAUCCACAGCUUCCUGGUGUGAAAUCUGGGGUAUUAAGCCAAGGGUCACAAUUACAAAGUAAUACAACUAGAGAAUUGAACUCCCCACUAUACUUGACAAGCAUGAAGUCAUCUGAAUUGACUCUUCAGACAACGCUUCAAGGUGUGAAAUCUGAGAAUUUCAACUCUAGGUCACAGUGGCAUGAUCUAAAACCUUCUAAGUUGUCACCUGAGAUAAAGUCCCAAGAUAAGACAUUUACUGAUUUAAAUCCAAGUUCACAGUUGAAAGAUAUAACAUUUUCUACACUGAUCACAGGAACAAAGAUUCAAGGUACCGAAUGUACAGAUUUCAACCUUGGGCCAUUGUUACAACAUGUGAAUUCUUCUGAAAGGACCUCAAAGACAAAGCUUCAAAAUGUAAAACAUAAAGAAAGCUGUCCCAGUCCCCAGUUGGAAGAUAGGACAUCUUCUAGGUUGAUCAUGGGUAUAAAGGUUCAAGAUGUAAAAUCUAAGAAUUUCAAGUCUGGACCACACUUGAAGGAUGUGAAAUCUUCACAAGUGAUCCCAAGGGAAAAGCUUCAAGGUGUGACAUCUACAGAACUGAAAGCUAAUCCAAAGUUAUAAGGUGAGAAAUCUUCUGAUUUGACCCUGGAGAGGAAGUUUUCAGGUAUGAAAGCAGGCCCACAGUUACAAGAUGUGAAAUGUUCUGAGUUGAUCAUGGGUAUAAAACUUCAAGAUAAAAAAUCGGAAGGGUUUGGUUCUAGAUCACACUUGCAAGGUAUGAGAUCUUCUGAAGUGAUCCCAGGGUCAAAACUUCAACAAGUGAAACCCUCUGAGGUCAACCAUGGUCUAAAGCUACAAAGUGGGAAAUCUGAUUUAAUUCAGAUGAGGAAGCUUCAAGGUGUGAAAUCUGUGGAGUUUAACCCUAGACCACAGAGACAAGAUGAGAAAUCUGAUUUGAUGCUAGAGUGCAGGCUCCAAGAUUUGAAAUCUGUUGACUUAAAACCGGUUCUGCAGUUACAAGGUGUACCAUUUUCUGAGUUAACACCAAAAACAAAGCUUCAAAGUGGAGAAUCUGUGGAUUUCCUUACCAAACCCAUGUGGCAAGACAUGAAACCUCUUGAAUUGACUCUAGGUGCAAAAACCCAAGAUGUGAAAUCUUUGGGGUUUGAGUCAGUUUCACAGUUACAAAAUAGGAAAUUGCCUAUGUUGACACCAGGAUCACACAUUCAAGGCAUGAAAUCUCUGAAAUUCAGCCCUGGGGCAAAGUUGCAAGGUGCAAAAUCUCCUGAGUCUGUAAAGCUUCAACUAAUGAAAACCACAGAGGUCAACCAUGACCUAGAGUUCCAGGUCGCAAAACCCUCUGAGUUAGCCCUGGAAUUAAAGACCUGCAAUGUGAUAUCUUCCGAGUUCAAUGCUUGGAAGCAGCGGCAAGAAGAGAAGUCUUUUAAGUUGAAACCAUGGCCAGAGCUUUAAAGUGUGAAAUUUGUGGUAUACAACCCUGGAGCACAUUUGCAACAUAUACAAUCUUCAGAAUUGUGCAAAGAGACAAAGCUCCAAGAUGUGAAAUCUAAGGAAUCCAAUCCUGAGCAACAGUGGCAAGAUGUUAAAUCCUCUGAGUUAUGCUAGGGAUCAAGGCUUCAAGGUAUGCCAUCCUUCAAGUUCAAUACUGGGCCACAAUUACAAGGUGGGAAAUCCUCUGAAUUUAAUCUAGCCCCACAGCUUCAGGGUAUAAAUGUUAGGGCAUUCAGUACUGGACCACAAUUGAAUGGUGUAAAAUCUGAGUUGAAUUCUGGAUCAGAGCCCGAGGUAUACAACCCUAGGUGUUCUGCCCUGGGCCAUCCUUUGCAAGAUGUGAAUUCUUCUGCAUUUAUUUCAAAACCAAAACUUCAGUGUGUAAAUUCUGUUGGAUGCAAAUCUGAGCCACACUUGCAAGGUAUAAACCCUUCUGAAUUAACUUCACCAAAAUUACAAUGUUCAAAUUCUAUGGGGUGCAAACCUGGGCCACCUUUGCAAGGUGUACAGUCCUUUGAAUUGACUUCAGGGACAAAAUGUCAAGGUCCAGGAUCUCAGGUGAAUCCGGGGUUCAAGAAUCAAAGUGAGACAUCUAUGCUUUUCAGUGCUGAACCACAUUUACAAGAUUUGAAAUCCGAAUUGAUUCCAGGGUCAAAGUUUCUUGCUGUAGCACCUAUGGAAUGCAACCCUGGGCCUCAGAUGAAGUGUGUAAAUUCUUUGGAGUUGGAUCCUGAGCUGAAAGUACAAUGUGCUAAUUCUAUGGGGUAUGAACUUGGGCCACCUUUGCAAGGUAUACAAUCUUUUGAGUUGACUUCAGGGGUUAAAUGUCAAGGUAUGGGAUCUUUUGAUUUGAAUCUGGGGUCAGAAGUUCUAGGUAUAAAAUCUAUUUUGUUCCACCCUGUGCAACAUUUACAAAACGUGAAACGUGAAUUGAGUCCAGGGACAAAGUUUCAAGGUAUAACAUCACAAGAAUUAAACUGUGGCCCACAGCUGCAAGGUAUGAAUUCUGGGGAGUUGCCCUCACACCUCAGGCAGCACAGUGAGAGAUCUGUGGUGUUUGCACCAAAGCCAUGUUCUCAAGAUGUGACAUCUUUGAAGUCAAACCUACAGCUACAGCCUCCAAGUACUAAUUCUUCAGGGUUUCCAUCAUGCCCAAGGUCACCAAGUGUUAAUUCUGAGGUCUUUGCACUGGAACUAUGUUUUCAAGAUACAAAAUCUGUAGAGUUGACACCAGGGUCCCCACAGCAAGGUAUGAAUUGCCAAGAGUUGACUUCAGGAUGGCAAAGUAUGAAACCAACAGUGUUGGCACUAGAGCCAACUAAGAAGUUCAUACCAGGACCCAUGUUGUGUAGUGUUAAAUUUUCAAAUUUGUCUCCAGAAUCACAGCGACAAGGUGAGAAAUCUUGAUUUACUCCAGAAGCAAAGUUGCAAAGUAUAAAACAUGUGACAUUGUCUUCAGCAUCUCUGCAACAAGAUAUGAAAUCUGUAGAGUUACUACUGGGGUCACUGCUUUCAAGAACAAAAUCUGAGGAACUAACUCCAAAGAGGAGCUAUCAAAUCACAGACUCCUUGGAGAUAAUCCCUAGGCCAUGGCAUCAAUUUGUAGAGGGUGCAGAGAUGAUCCCAACACCAAAGCUUCAAGUCCCUAAAUCUAUGAAUUUGGUGGUCCCAACACCAAAGCAUCGAGUCUCCAAAUCUGUAAAUUUGAUUUCAAUACCAAUUUAUCAUACCACAGAAAGGUUGGCACAUCAAGGCAAUGAAACAGCGGAAAAAUCUGUGGGGUUGACCCCAAAGUCAACAAGUAAAACCAUGGAAUCUUCAGGAGUGCCUGGAAGGCUAGAUCUUCAAGUCCCAGAAUCUGUUGAUCUGACUCAUGUGCUAAGGAAUCAAGGCUCUGAAUCCUUAGAAUUAACCUUAAAGAAAAUCCCAGAAACUCUCGAGUUGCUCUCUCAGUCAUGGCCUCAAGUUAAGGACUUGGGGGAAUCCUAUACAAGGCCGGUGCAGGAAGUUACAGGAUCUGAAGAGAUUACACCAGAGCCCAAGCAUCACACUACAGAAACUAUGGUGUUGACCCCCAAAGCAAGGCCAACAGAGAAGGAAUUCCUUGGCAUGACCCCAGAGCCAAUAAGUAAAACCACUGGAUAUACAGAGAACACUCCAAGGCCCUAUCCUCAAGCACUAGGAUUCGUGGAGGUGAUCUCUGAGAAAAGACUGCAAAGGGAAGAAUCAGAAGCACUGACUACAAAGUCAUUACAUCAUGUCCCAGAAUCUUCAGAGAUGACACCAAAGCUAAGAUAUCCAGUUCCUGGAUCUGUGGGUUCAAACUCUAAGCAAUGGCUUCAAAGGGAGGAAUCUUUAGAUUUGUCCCCAAGUCAAACAGGUCAAGCUACAGGACAUGCAGAAUCUGUAGAGCUCACAUCUGAGACAUGGCAGCAAGGGGAUGGACCAAUGGGGCUGACACAGUCACAGAAUCAAAGUAUGAAAUAUUCACAGAUAGCUCCAGGACUACAGGGUCAAAUUACAGAGUUUGUGAGGAUUAGUCCAAGGCCACUAGAUCAAGUCACAGGAUCUACAAAGACACAGCUUCAAGCUGCUUAACCAAUAGGAAUAACCUCAAUAGGCCCCCCAAAAGUUGCUGAAUAUGUGAAAGUGACUUCUGGACCACCACUUCAGGUUGUAAAGUCUGUAGCAUUAACACCAGGGGGAACCUCUCAAAUGGUAGACUAUGUUGAACUGACUCCAAAAGUACAAGAUGUGAGACCUUCUGAGUUUACCUCAGGGCUAUGGUUGCAAAGUGUAAAAUCAAAGGUAUUAACCACAGAGCCAACACACCAGAUUUUGGAUAUAAUGAAGCUGAUAGAAUUUCAAAUUGUAAAGACUGUGUUAAUCCCAGGGCCACCACUUCAAAUUGUAAAAUCUGAGGAAUUAGCACCACUACCCACUCAGAUUGUAGAACCAAUAGGCGUUUCCUUAGGAUCAGCUACUGAAGUAAUGGAUUGUUUGGAUUUCUUCCCAAGGCCACAUCUUCAAGAAAUGGUAGAACCUGUAGAACUAACUCUGAGGCCAAAGAAAUCUUCAGAAUCACUCUCAAAGCCAGCAUUUUCUUUGGAGGAAUCGACAGUGUUCACUCAUGAACAAGGGCUUCAGGCUGUGAAAGGAAUGGGGAUAAAAGUAGGGCCUCCUCAAAUCAUGGAAUGUGAGGAUUUGAAUCUAGUACAGGUAUAUCAGAAUAGGGAAUCUGAGGAUUUUAUGUCAAGAGAGGAGUUACAAAUAAGGAAUUAUUUCUCUAGAUUUCUACAGAACUCUUCAAACUCGCUCAUCUCAAGCUCUGUCGAAGCAUCUGAAUUAGGAAGCCUUUGUGAUCUGGAGAUGCCAGAAGUGUCAAGGGCCUUGGAUAUAAAAAUUGAGACAGAUAUUUUGCAGUCUGAAGAAUACUUUAUAUCUACUAUGAUACAAACUUCUACCCUUCCCUUGUCCCUUCACAAUCAACCCUCUGAUAAAAUAGCUAACAUUGUAGAAAUGCCACAUUUUGAGAUCCCAGGAGUGGGUGUCAUAUGUAAGAGGACUGAGAAGAAGCAGGUGGAGAAGCUAGAGAAUUCACUCCAGCACCUAUCCCAACAUCCACUGCAAAGCUGGAGAUCACCAUCUAGGGCCCUCCAGUCAGGAUCAGAAACUCAGAGCCUUAACUGGUCUGUCUUGAGCAGACAACAGAAUGUCUGGGAGAAUCACUCCUGGAGACAGUGACUACCCAGAAAAUAUCUCUCCAAGAUGCUAGUGUUAGGGAAGGUCUUGGGAACCACUAUGGAAAGGAACCUUUCUUCUCAAACAUCUGUAGUGGAAAGAGCCACUACAGAUAUCUGUCAGAUAUGUAUUCAGAAUUUAUUUGGGGUUCCUGCGGAACUGAUGGAACUUUCCAAGAGUCUGCUAGAGAACAGUCAAAGUAUUAUUUCUCAGACUUCAGUGUCCAAAAGCUAUAUUCAGAGACACUCGUAUCAUGGUCACGAACAAAGAGCCUUAAGGAUGUGGACAUGUAGCUCCAUGUCCUCCAUAAUACAGCAAUACUCUGGGGCUAGUGCAAACAUAAAGAAAAGUUGGAAGCUUAGUGAUAUAUCCCAGGAAAUCAUUCAGCACAUGCCUGUUUCAUGCACAGAGGGCCAGCCUCCUGUCCCAGGAAAUUUAGAGUCUUCCUUCAAUAUAGUUUUCACUAGGAAAGAUUCUGUUCCAAUGGAAGAGAGUGAGAACUCACAGAGUUCACAGACAAGAAUUUUUGAGUCCCAACACUGUCUCAAGCCAAGUUAUCUUCCCCAGGCCAAGGCUGACUUGUCAGAACAGUUCCAGUUGCUACAAGAUCUGCAGCUAAAAAUGGCAGCAAAACUGUUAAGGAUUCAAAUAUCCCCCAAUGUACCUCCACCUCUAACUUUAGGUCUGGUUUUAAAAUACCCUAUCUGCCUACAGUGUGGCCUAUGUGUAGGAUUUAAUUGUUGUCAUAAAUUAUAGUGCACUUUGGUGCCUUACCUUCUUAUCUACCCACAGCUCCACCUUGUAAGCACUCCUGAAGGCCACGGAGAGAUUAGGUUGCAUCUUGGCUUUAGUUUGCUAACUGGGAAAAGAUCCCAAGUCCCAAAGCAUCACAGAAGAGACAGAUCCAUCACACCAAGGAGUUCUAUAUCACCAUCACUAAGGAAAGCUAAAAUCUAUACUCGAGCUUCCAAGAGUCCUACUUCUACAAUGGAUUUCCAGUCUGUAUCUUCCCAAUCUCCUGCUCCUGUACAAGUCCACAUCAGGCAAAGACAGUAUACGUCUCCUGCCCUAGCAGGAAAGACGACAAUUGGACGGCCAGGGCACUAUGAGUUUACUCAUGUUCACUCUCUACCAGAGAGUGACUCUGAAAGUACUCAGGAUGAAAAAUGGGCUAAGGAGAACCAAAAGACCCAUAGUUCAAAAUACCCAAAGAAAAGAAUCACUACGGGACACAGAACACAAAACAUAAAAUUCUACACAAAUGGUAGAACCACAAUAUGAAGUUCUUCUCUGGAUUUACCAGUCCAGUUAAGAGGGAAGAGGAAUGGAGUAUCUCAGACAACUACUGCCUCUUCAAAAAGACAAUCAACCCAACCCAAAUUCAUUCAACUGCUUUUUCAAGGUCUAAAGCAAGCAUUCCAGACUGCAGACAGAAUUAUGGCUUUUACUGGACAGAAGCCUGAGUACAAGUCAAGGCCAGACCAUUUGCAUUCAAGCAACAACCACCAUCAAAAACAAAAAGCUAGAGAUUUCCUCAUCAGAGAUAUCAAAAGAGAGAGGAUGUCAGUUGUUAAGCUAAAGCCAACAGACAUAACCACUAAGCAGGAGAAGAUGGUAUGGGAAGAAAUACAAUACAGAUCAGCUCAACAACCAAAAAGAGUUAGCUCUUUCCAACUUAGACAUACCCAACUACCCAAGCCCAUAGUUUCCUAAAGAAGUGCUAUUGUCAUAACCACUUCAGUAGGACAGCCUGUGGUUAUUGUUCAAAAAGACAAUAGAGGUAAGAAAAACUCCUACAGAUAGAAAAUCUCUCGCCAGGAGUCCAAGAGCUCCAAAAUAGGAACCAGAAUUCAAGCCAAGGGGGAAAUUAAAUGGUUGCUUAAGAGAACCUCACACAAUCAGGUUAAAGAGAAACUCGCACCCAGAAGCAAAGCCACCAGAGCCACCACAGUCCCUCUGAGAGGAGCCUUCGAAGUUUUCUUCAGAAGAGACAUCACAGUCUCUGAGAGGAGCCUUCGAAGUCCUUCUCUAAAGAGCCAUCACGGUCCAUCUGAGAGGAGCCAUCGAAGUCCUUCCCUAAAGAGCCAUCAGAGUCCCUCUGAGAGGAGCCUUCAAAGUCCCUCUCUAAAGAGCCAUUAUGGUCCCUCUGAGAGGAGCCACCAAAGUCUUCUUCAGAAGAGACAUCAAAGUCCCUCUGAGAAGAGCCACCAAUGUCUUUCUCAGAAGAGCCAUCACCGUCCCUCUCAGAGGAGCCAUCGAAGUUCUUCUCUAAAGAGCCAUCACAGUCCCUCUGAGAGGACCCACCGAAUUCCUUCCCUAAAGAGCCAUCACAGUGCCUCUGAGAGGAGGCACCGAAGUCCUUCUCAGAGGAGCCAUCACAGUCCCUCUGAAAGGAGCCAUCAGAGUCCCUGUGAGAGAAGAUGUCAUAGUCCCUCUGAGAGGAGAUGUUGCAGUCCCUCUAAGAGGAGACAUCACAGUCCCUCUGAGAGGAGCCACCGAAGUCUUUCUCAGAAGAGCCAUCACAGUCCCUCUGAGAGAAGCAAUCGAAAUCUUCCUUGGAAGAGAUAUCACAGUCCCUAUAAGAGGAGCCACUGAAGCCUUCUUCAGAGGAGACAUCACAGUCCCUCUGAGAGGAGCCAUUGCAGUCCCUCUGAGAGGAGGCAUUGAAGUCUUCCUCAGAAGAGAUAUCACAGUCCCUCUAAGAGGAGCCACCAAAACCUUCUUCAGAAGAGCCACCACAAUCCCUCUGAAAGGAGCCAUCAGAGUCCCUGUGAUAGGAGAUGUCGCAGUCCUCUUGAGAGGGGCAGUCACAGUCUCUUGCAGAAAACUCAUCACAGUCCUUUCGAAAGAAGACAGCACAGGCCCUCUGAGAGGAGCCAUCGAAGUGUUCCUCGGAAGAGACAUCACAGUCCCUCUGAGAGGAGAGCCACCAAAAUCAUCCUCAGAAGAGCCAUCACAGUCUCUCUAAGAGUAGCCAUCGAAGUCCUUCUCUAAAGAGUCAUCAGAG